CCACCAAAUCCGCCAGAGAGAAAAACUUAAACCCCCAUCAAGAUGUUCCAGCUGAGAUCUGUUUGCCUGCUGCUUGCCUUUGCCCUCAUUGCCCUGUUCCUGUGUGGCACGGAGGCCCUGCCGCGGCCACAGGAGGAGCGCGACGAGGGCGGUGACCUGGAGGCUGGCGCCGCUGCUGUCGAGGCGGAGGAGAAGGAUCUGGAGGGUGCCUCCUCCCUCGGCUAUGGCUACUACUCGUCGCCCUAUCUGGGCGGAUAUUACGGCGGUGGCUACUGGCCGCACUACAGCGGCGGCUACUACGGAUUAGGUGGUUACGGCGGUGGUUUGGGCUAUCCCUACUACGGCGGCUAUUAUGGACAUCAUCAUCAUGGCGGCUAUGGACACUACUUUUAAGGGGGAGCUGAGUUCCCUUCCAGCCUCAAUAGAGAUUUAGCAGCAGCACCACUUAGACAGCAUCACCAGGCACUAGCUUCAAUAGAGCAAUAGCAACAGAGUGAAAGAGAGAGAUAUAGAGAUACAUUGUAUAGCAAAAAUAUAGAGAGAGGCACUAGCCUCAAUAGCCGCACGAUGCGUUCUUGACCGGAUCGCAGAG